AUGUUUGGGAGCAGAGCUGAAUCAGACGUCGCCGCCGCCAUGGAGAACUACCAAAAAAUUGAGAAAAUCGGUGAAGGCACGUACGGUGUCGUCUACAAGGCCCGCGAAUUAAACCAUCCAAACCGAAUUGUUGCCUUGAAGAAGAUCAGACUGGAGGCCGAAGAUGAGGGCGUUCCCAGCACCGCCAUACGCGAGAUUUCUCUCCUCAAAGAAAUGCAGGACCCCAACAUUGUCCAAUUGCUGAACAUCGUCCACGCCGAUGGUCACAAGCUGUACCUCGUCUUCGAGUUCCUCGACUGCGACCUGAAGAAAUACAUGGAGGCACUGCCGAUUAGCGAGGGCGGUCGUGGCAAGGCUCUUCCCGAUGGGUCCGUGUCAAUGGCAGGUCUCGGUCUGGGCGAUGCCAUGGUGAAGAAGUUCAUGGCCCAGUUGGUCGAGGGUAUUCGAUACUGCCACAGCCACCGCAUCCUGCACCGUGACUUGAAGCCUCAAAACUUGCUCAUUAACCGCGAGGGUAACCUGAAGCUUGCCGACUUUGGCCUGGCCCGAGCAUUCGGUGUCCCGCUGCGCACGUACACCCACGAGGUCGUUACACUGUGGUACCGCUCUCCCGAAAUUCUGCUUGGAGGCCGCCAGUACUCCACCGGUGUCGAUAUGUGGUCCGUCGGCGCCAUCUUCGCUGAGAUGUGCACUCGGAAGCCCCUGUUCCCCGGUGACUCGGAGAUUGAUGAGAUCUUCAAGAUCUUCCGUGUCCUCGGGACCCCCGACGAAGAGAUCUGGCCCGGUGUCACCUCAUUCCCCGAUUACAAGGCCACUUUCCCCAAGUGGAAGCGACCCGACGCCCCCAUUGUCCCCGGACUGGAGCGGGCUGGCCUCGAGCUGCUGGAGGCCCUACUCGAGUACGACCCAGCCCACCGUCUCUCGGCGAAACAGGCCUGCAUGCAUCCCUACUUCCGAAAUGGCAGCUCGUACUAUUCGGGCCGCACUACCACGCGCAACGGUUACCACUAA